UCGCUCUCCUGCUUCACCCCUUUUGAGAUCCAAGUAUCACGCGAAGAAACUUUAGAGUUCAAAGUCUGGUUCCGAUAUUAUUUAAUUAAUUUGUAUAGCGUUAUUUUAUUUGUAUAUAAUAAAAAUUUAUCGGCAAUGGCGAAUUCAAAAAUGUUAAGUGCUAUUAGGUUCUUAAAAUCGCGACCAGACAUUAAAUUUGUUGCAGGUUUGCAAUGCAGGAAUUUUGCGGCCGCCGCCAGCCAGGCACAUACAAAAUGCAAAAUAGUCAAUGGUGUUUAUGUUGUGACUUUGGACUCUCCUAACGCCAAGGUAAACUCCUUGAAUGAAGAUGUAAUGAAUGAAUUUAAAAAUAUAUUGCAAGAGGUAGAAAGUAAUCCAGCCAUUGAAGCGACUGUGCUCAUAUCUGGAAAACCAGACUGCUUCAUUGCUGGUGCUGACAUUCCCAUGCUCGAAAAGUGCAGAACUAAGGAAGAAGUUGUCAAUAUUUCCAAGGCAGGUCACGAGAUUUUCAGAAGAAUAGAGUCUUCUCGCAAACCGUAUGUAGCAGCUAUUCAGGGAGUAUGCCUUGGUGGAGGUUUGGAAACAGUCCUGGCAUAUCAUUACCGGAUUGCAGUUAAAGACGCAAAAACAAGUGUUGGGCUACCUGAAGUCAUGCUGGGGCUCCUGCCUGGCGGAGGAGGCACUCAAAGGCUACCAGUACUUACUUCUAUUCCCACGACUUUGGACCUGGCCCUCACUGGCAAGAUGGUUAAAGCUGACAAAGCCAAGAAACUAGGCAUUAUUGACCUACUGGUGUCUCCACUUGGACCAGGAUUGGCUAGUCCAAAAGAAAAUACAGCAAAAUACUUAGAAACAGUAGCAAUACAAGUAGCUAAAGACAUAGCUGCUGGUAAAAUGAAAGUGGACAGGCAAAAGAAAGGUCUAGUGGCAAAUGUGACUGCCACAGCCAUGAAAUGGGACUGGGUGAAGAAUAUUAUAUUCAACAAAGCUAAAGAACAGGUCAUGAAGGCUUCUAAAGGACUUUACCCAGCGCCGUUGAAG